AUGGAGACCAUGAUGAAUGGAACCAGUAAUCGAGCGAUAUGGAAACACCUUGACCAUGUUCUAUCAACAUCUUCUCCGUAUGCUGAUGAAGACUAUGUACCUGGGCCCGACACAGUAUCAACACUUGAAUCAUCGAAAGUUCUCGUAAUUGGUGCUGGCGGUUUAGGCUGUGAACUGCUGAAGAACCUGGCUCUUUCUGGUUUCAAGGACAUUCAUGUGAUCGACAUGGACAUAAUAGAUGUCAGCAAUCUCAAUCGCCAAUUUCUGUUCCGUCAAUCAGACGUUGGAAAAUCCAAAGCCGAAGUUGCAGCUGCUUUCGUUGAACGCAGAGUACCAGGUGUCAAGAUCACGCCUUACAACGGCAAAAUCCAAGACAAGGACGAGGACUACUACAUGCAAUUCAAGCUGAUCAUCUGCGGUCUAGACUCCAUCGAAGCUCGAAGAUGGAUCAAUGCCACACUAAUAGACAUGGUCGACGAAGAAAAUCCAGAAUCUCUCAAACCCUUAAUCGACGGCGGCACAGAAGGCUUCAAAGGCCAGGCCCGAGUCAUCCUCCCAUCAAUCUCAUCCUGCAUCGAAUGCCAACUCUCAAUGCACGCCCCUCGAGCCGCAGUACCCCUCUGCACCCUCGCCACUAUCCCCCGACAACCCCAACACUGCAUCGAAUGGGCCCACAUAAUAGCCUGGCCCGAACACCGCAAAGACGACACCCUAGACAUGGACGACCCCGAACACGUCACCUGGCUCUACCAGACGGCCCUCAAACGCGCACAAGAAUACAACAUCAGCGGCGUCACCUACGCAAUGACCCAAGGCGUCGUCAAGAACAUCAUUCCAGCCAUCGCCUCCACCAACGCCAUUGUCGCCGCCGCAUGCACAAACGAGGCUCUCAAGCUCGCUACGUCUUGCGCCCCCUUUCUCCAGAACUACAUGAUGUAUACCGGUGACUCAGAGUCAGGUCUUUACACCUAUACCUUCGAAGCCGAAAAGAAAGACGACUGCCCCGUCUGCGGUAACCGAGCACAGUACAUCACAGUCGAUCCCGACAUCAAACUCGAGGAUUUCCUUGCAGGCUUGGCGGAACGAGCCGAAGCACAGCUCAAGAAACCCAGUAUACGGUCUGAAGCCAAGACAUUGUAUAUACAAUCGCCGCCGAGCCUGGAGCAGCAAACACGGCCGAAUCUGAGUAAGAAGCUGAGGGAGUUGGUGUCGGAUGGGGAGGAGGUGGGUGUGAGUGAUCCGGCGUUUACUAUACAGUUCAAGUUUAGAUUGCAGUUUAAGCAAUAG